AUGGAGUCUUACUACAGCACGUGGCAGCAACCCCAGAGCGGCGCACCCCCGAAAGUCGAGAUCACCUCGCCGGCGGGCGCCUGGCCUCGCAAUCCCGUUUGGCAUAACGUUAAUCCAGAUGAAACCCCGCGACAAGUUUCCGGGGGGCGGUCCAGCGGAAACGCUUACGUAUGGUCCCCCCCCACCAGCCCGGCCUGCAUCUACCGGGAGAGUCCCCGGCUAGAAAGUUAUGCGAGCCCGACGUCGCCUUCCUGGGGGGGUCACCCGCAGGUUUAUGAUCAGGGGGGGGUUGCGGCGCAGCCAUUUUAUCCCCCGUCAAAGGCAAUCCCGAUCCGGUCGCCAAACCACCGGCCAGUGACGUCGCCCGUGACGUCACCCAUCUCUCCGAUGUCCCCCGCCUCUCCUGAGGCGUUCUCGCCGAUCUACGGCCGCGGGCCGCCGAAGCCCAGCUACAACUGGGGCGUGCAUGCAGAGGGGGGGCAAAUUCGCCCCUGUAACUGGGGGGAGGAGCAGAUGUCGAGCCAGAAUCGGAGCAGGAGAGAACAGCCCACGUCUCCGCAGAUGUACUAUUCUCCGAUGCUGUCUCCGCAAAGGGUUUCCGAGCGGAGUAAUAGGGCAGCGUAUUUUGGCUGGGAUGGGGUUUUGGCGUCGGAAGGAUCGGUGGUGAGCCCGAGGAGCGGCGUGGCUAGCCCUCGAAUGGUGGAAGUUAUCAAGGUCAAUGAAAGCAAGCCUGGGAAGGAGUCCGAGAAGGCCCUUCCGGUGGAUCCGUUUGGUAUGACCGGAGAGGCGGAAGAGAUGACGGACGUCGGAAUCAAGGCGCUUAAGGCACGCAAAAAGUCAUUCGAAGCUUCCGAGUCGGUCAUUGAGAAGGGCUGCAUGCUCGUCGAGUUGCUCCUGGACAGGGUUCCGUUGGGCGGCGCUCUCCCUGCUCUGCUCGAGGCCUUCGCCGAGCGGCGCUUUUCGGACGGCGAACUUUUCUUCGAGCACGCGCUGGCCGCCAGCUGGCAGCGUCCGGAUGUCGAGCGGCGCUGUUUGGCGGACGCCGUUUUGGCGUUUCUGGACGUCCGGGUCAUGAACUGCGGCCACGUGUACACGGGCACGCUCAAGAUCACGGAGCGCGAGUUCGGCGACCAGGCGCGCGGCGCCGCGCCGGGGGAGGUCGCCAAGUCGCAUGCGCAUAAGACAGGAGAGUUCCUGACGCGGAUUUUUAUGGGGCACAAGGGCCCCGGCCCGGCGCUGGUGGAGCUCAUGUUCGAGAAGAUGCCACGUGUCGGCGUGCGACGCGACCUCGUCGCCGGGGUUUUCCACGAGGUACUGGCCAAGAGCCGUAAGAAGGUUGCCAAAGUGCACUACGCACAAAGCUCGGGCGUCGCGCGCUGGUGGAAGGGGUUGGCCACCGGGGGUGACGUCAGCUUCGAGGAGUGGCUGGACCGCGAUCUCGGCAUGACCGUUGCGGAGGUCCUUCCGGAGGACGGCGGCCCCAAGGGCCAGCAGCGGAAGCAGGCGGCCGCGGCCGCGGGCCUCGCGCGCUCGCGCAGCUUACCGCAUGAAGCGCGCGCGAUGUCGCCCCCGGCGACCGCGCAGCGCCCCAACGACCGCCCAAUGUCGCCGCCUGUGCCGCCGCGGCCGCACGAGCGCCCGAUGUCGCCUCCCAUGCCGCGGCAGAAUGACCGCGCGGCCGCGCAAAACGCGCGGGGUUUAACACGCGGCGCGGCCGGCCUGGACCGCACGUGGUCUGCGCCGACGGACAUGGCCAAAAUGGAGGGCGGCCAGGAGGCUCCCCGGGUUCCGCCCGAAGACGCCACGGUCUCCAUCACCGCGGUCCUGAGCGAGGAAGGGCACGUGACCUGGCUCUCGCCCCGGAAGGACGAACGGAGUGCCCGGUACGAUCAACCGGUCUCUUCGCAAAGGGGAGAAACUCGCCCCGUCCGGUCACAGCUGACCGCGGCGAUCGCCACUGAUCGGAACAACGGAACCCCUCGGGAGAAGCGCGUUAGUGCCACCAAGCAGUCGGGCCAAGCCCACUGGGGGCCGAAUAUGAGUCAGGUUGCGUCCCCCCGCCAGGACACCGUUCCGGUUGGACAGCUUGGGAUUCCGGCGGAAGCCAGGGUUGACGAGGACGAGUGGCGUCGGGUGACGAGCGAACUGAAGCGGAUCGUCAGUCUCGGCCCGGGGCCGGAACGAUUGAGGGAGAUCGCGGAAGUAAUCCUAGAUUCCGCUGCGCAAUCGUAG